UGGGGGAGGGAAUGGGGUUGACGGGGCAGGAGGUGACUGGAGUGCAGCUGACUGCAGAGACACACCUGAGAGGAUCUCACACAGCCAGAGGAGCCCUCCAGCACCACAGACAGACACACAGACCGGCCAUCAUGUCCGCCGCUGGAGCUCCCGAGUACAACCCUGAUGCAGAAUUUGUGUAUGACUACCAGACUCUUCGUAUUGGAGGUCUGACUUUUGUUGCGGUCAUCAUGAUCCUGUCUGUUCUCCUGCUGGCCAGCAACAAAAUCCGCCAGUGUGGAAAGCCCCGGCAAAGAACGAUUGAAGAGGUUCACCUACCGUAGGACGGCUGGGCUCUUGUAUGUUGUUGACUGUAUUGUGUGAGACUGCGUUCCUUUUUUAUUGAUAAACUCUAGACCCAC